GCUGAAACAAAGAUGUACCACCUUCUGAUCCAUGGCAAGACAUAGUUUGUUGUAUGUAGUACAUUAAUUCAUAUUCUUAAUAGGAGGCUCGAGACAGUAUACAACUCUAUAGCUUUUUUCACCUCAAAGCAGUUAGGUAAGCUGGUCUGAAUAGGAUAGAGCCUAAAAUGUCAAAGAAUUUUAUUAAAAAGGUAGUUUUUAAUCUGGGCUUUGAUAAUUUAAAUUUCAAUGCUGCCUAACUGCAUCACAGUACUGGGCCUCUGGUGGCUCAGCAGACUAAGUCUGUCUGUUAUUAACACAGCUGCUUGCAAUUACUGCAAGUUUUAGUCCCACCAGGCCCAAGGUUGACUCAGCCUUCCAUCCUUUAUAAGGUAGGUAAAAUGAGGACCCAGAUUGUUGGGGGCAAUAAAAGUUGACUUUGUAUAUAAUAUACAAAUGGAUGAAGACUAUUGCUUGACAUAAUGUAAGCCUCCCUGAGUCUUCAGAGAAGGGCGGGAUAUAAAUUCAAAUAAAAAAAAUGCCCUGCAGUUAUUUUACACUUAAUGACAUGUACUUCCAUGUCUGAUGCAGAAGAGAGAAAUCAUCCCCAUUCAGCAAUUUUAAAUGGAAUAAUGUUGGAUUGUGUUUUAUAGGUAAUGGAUCAGAGUGAAGAAGUCUGGCUGUCUCUGAAGCCCAGAGAGCCACUGUCAUCUCAGUGCUGUGGCAGUGGCUGCAAACCCUGCAUUUAUGAUAUAUAUCAGGAAGACCUAAAGAAGUGGGAAGAGGCCAAGGCAAAAGAAGAUAUAAGCCUUCUAUCCAGAAAGAAGCAGCAAAGUAGCAAUUCAAACCUAACUUCAGAAAUAUUUAUGGCUUUCAUCAUAAGCUCUGUGACUCAAUUGACCGAGGACACCUACCAGUACACUUUUAAAUUGCCUGGAAACAGCAGCUUGGGGUUGAGUUUGGGACAACAUAUUGUGCUAAGAGGAGUAGUGAACGGUCUGGAGGUUCAGAGAGCUUAUACUCCAAUUACGCCUGUGAAUGCUGAAGGGUUCUUUGAAGUUUUAAUAAAGUGCUAUAAAACUGGACUAAUGUCCCAAUACAUAAAAUCAUGGAAAACGGGAGACAUCAUUUUUUGGAGAGGACCAUUCGGAGGUUUUCCUUAUACAGCCAAUCAGUAUGGAGAACUCCUCAUGCUCGCUUCUGGGACAGGCAUAGCACCAAUGCUUCCUAUUAUCCAGUACAUAACCGAAAAUGAAGAUGAUGAAACUUUUGUGACUCUGGUAGGCUGCUUCAGAACUUUUGAAAAUAUUUACAUGAAAGCUCUUCUUCAAGAACAGUCUCGAUUCUGGAACAUCAGGACAUUUUAUGUAUUAAGCCAGGAACAGUCACUUAAAAAUCUGCCAUGGAGCUUUCGAGAGACUACAUACCUUGGUCGAAUAAAUGAAAACCUGAUUAAGAGUAUGGUGAACACAUGUAGAAGGCAACCAUUUGUACUAGUAUGUGGCUCAGUGACAUUUAAUGAAGAUAUGGAGAAGUGCUUAAACGCAAUUGGUUUUGAAAAAGAGUCAUAUUUUAUAUUUUAAAUCACUUCAAAUGAAGUGGGUUUCUUGGCUACAAAUAUUAUUAAUGGACAGGUCUGCUGAACUGUUUUUAAAAGUUUAUAUGAUGUAUAUAAAGAGUUUUAUGAAUGGUUUUAUAAAUUAACAUUAUUUCAGACCUAAUUAUAUUACUAUAAUUCAGUUUGUUGCGAGUUUUUGUAAAAUUUCUCUGCCUUUUGUGAGGAUAUUGAGAUCCCCAUACAUUGGAUGCAAUGUAUACAGUACAGAAACAAGGAUCAGAGUCACCAUUUUGAUUUUCCAGCUAUUGAUCUGAGUUGGCUGAAGAUCUUUCUCCAUGCCAAGCUGAGCCACAUUCACCAAUUACAUUAUAGCAAUACAUAUAUCUUGCUUUGUUGUACUGUGGAUGAUAUCUGAGCAGAACAUUCUGCUGUGUAGCUGUAUAUUAUCAGAGUUCUGUUUUAUUGGCAUUUUCUGAAAAGUUAUUUUUAAAAAUUGAAGGACACAUUGUGAUUCUUGCCCUAAUGCACUCUAAAUCCACUGGAUUGUCACUUCUUUAAGAAUCACAAUAACUGGAAACAGUGGAUUCCAGUAUUAUUUUAUUCCUAUUAAUUUAAAUAUACAGUACAUUUAUGAAAUAUCCCCCUAACAGUUAUUUUGCUAGCAAAGCAAUAAUUGUUCUAAUAAAUAACAGAAUAAAUAAAUAAAAUUGCAUUUUUUUUACAUUAAGUCUCCAAAUCAUGCUGGCUAUGAUUUUUUUCUAGUUUUUGUUUAUAGAUUAUGGAGCACUGAAUUCAAUAAAACAUUAACUGAUAAGAAUAAGAUUAAGCUUGGUUAUAUUUUAACUUUUUCUGAAUCAUUAAUACCCAUUCAAACUCUGGUAGCAAAACCUAUACUAUAAUAAGAGCCUGAAACACUUUCAUUUUGUAUUAUAAAGACCACAUCUGAUCUGUUUUAGUGGGGAACAAAGAUAUUGACCUGUAAACCAAGGAAACCUGACAUUUUAGCCUAAUGAAAAAUUGCAUUGAGUUUUGUUUCAGUCAUGGAAACAAAAGUCAAAAAAAACCCAAACCAGUCAUGGUUUGUGAAUAGAAAAUGCCCCAACCUUCGUGAAUAUACUUUUCCCAGUAGCGAUAGAAUAAUCUAUAAAACUUUGUUUCUAAGUAGAGAAAGGUUAUAGUUCGGUGUUAGAAAGUCUGCUUUGUACAUAAUAAAUUUGCCACUUGAGUCUAUGGUAUCUUUAUUUAGCCUAAUCUUAACAGGUAGCUCAGUGAUCUGACUCAAAACAAUGCAAAGCCUCAUGUCUUUGUAUAUACAGUACAGUGUAAUGUAUGUAUUGAACGUGAGACUAUGGUUUUGGCUGGGAAGUAUUUAUAUGGAAUAUAUAACUAUUAUAGCCAUUAUGGCUAUUAAUUAGGAAAAACGUAGGAUAAGAGUCAAAAUGUAGGAUAAGAAUCCAGCAGGUGCUGAGGAGAAGAAGCGUGAAGAAAUCAGGAGGUGCAGAAUUCAGGAGGUGCAAAGGUAGGAUGGAAGGGACUGGGGUGGGAGUGAAAAGUGAUUGGCUAAGAAAGCAGGGAUGCAAGCAAGAAUAAAUCCUAAGCUGUUAGGGUUUGUUUUGUGAGGAACACAUGCAAUUUUCGGUUCACACCAAUGGACUAUGAUGUGUGUGCUAUUAAGAUAUUGGAGUAGGAGAGGAAAGACCCAGUUUCUAAUCUCUCUUAAGAAUGAAAGCCAGCUUGAUAACCUUGGGCCAAUCACUCCCUCUCUGCUCGAUGAGUGUCAGGCUCUGCAAAAGUCCCUGAAAAAUAUAAAACUCCCAUAUUGUGUCAUAUAAAGCAAUUGAACCAGUGGUGGGUUGCUACUGGUUCACCCCAGAUUGGGAGAACCGGUAGCGGCAGCAGCAGGAGGCUCCGUCCGGAUGUCUCUGCGCAUGCACAGAAGCUUCUGCACAUGCACAGAAGCGUCGCACACACGCCCUCGAGCAAACCGAUAGCAGUCGAAAUUGAAACCCACUACUGAAUUGAACCCUGCAAAUUAAUUAGGAAACAUGUUAAGAACAUGUUUACUGUCUACCAUUGACCUCACCCCAUUCCUAAAAGGACUAUAUGGGGCGUGCGUAAGUGCACAAAAGUGCCUACCAUUCCUGUCCUAUUGUUUUCUUUCAUUAUAUGUGC